AUGUACUCCUCUUAUCUCGGCGCUUCCCCCGCCUCUCCCUGCCUUAUCGGGCGAUCUCGCACCGCCACCAAAAAGGAAGAGGCCCAACCAAGAAGGAGCAAGAAAAAAGUGGGUCCGCCCGCCGUCUUCUCCCGGCCUUCUUCCGGCCUUUUUCUAUUUUGGGCGACAAGGGACUGCUUACUUAAGCGCCCUGAGACUUGCCUUACGUCAUCCACGCCGGCCGCAGCAGGAAAAGCGCAGGAAAACUUUGCCUUCUUUUUAAGCGCACGCAAAACCCGCUUUUCGCUUCUUCUUCUUCUCCUUUUCUUCCUUCUCUUUCUCUCUCUUCCUCUUCCUCUUUUAUUAUCUUCUGUUUAUUCUUAUCUUCCUCUUCUUCUGCUUCUGCUUCUCCUCCUGCAGCUCACUGUUUCUUCGCUGUUUCUCCUGCUCGGUUCUGUCGCUUGCUUGCUUGCCUUAGCUGCAGCUGCUCUUGUCUCCAGCCGACUCUCGCUUCUGCUUAUCGCCUCUAUCUACCCGUCCAAGCAGGACUUAUCUCGCUGUUAUCUCUCAUCAUGGUGGGUUCAUCGCAGCAACAACAACAACAUCAACAACAUCAUCAAUUAA